AUUGGAUAUUCGCGGUGUUUAUUUCCCCAGAACUAGGAGCAAAACAGCAAUGAAUAGCAAGCUGCAGAUGUAAGUGCUGGUUUGUUUACAUCUCCGAAUCAUAUCCCUGGGGUGAUUGAUGGCCUUCAAAGUCCAUAAAGAUGCGAGACCUCUGCUCACUUGGAAGAGGUUGUUCCAUCAUCAUCAGCAUAUUACAACACACCAACCUCCAACCUCAGUCACUCCUUACCUACUAGACACACUCUUUCCAGUCACUCAUUAAUUCCCGCCAAUUGGCUUUUGCUGUUUGCUCACUUCACACGAUCGUCCUUUCCCAAGCAGACCAGUUACUCUUUGUCAAGAAGACAUCACAGAUACUCCUUCCUCCCAAGAUCACCAGCACACCUUCCUUCAUUCUAGCCAGUCAAUAUGCAUCUCACCACGCUCAUCGUCACUUCCCUCGCCGCAGGCUCCGCCUCCGCUUUCCACUGGGGAACCAGCGCUCCUCCCGCGGGCUUCGGUGCCGCCGCCGCCGCUACCGACGCUGUCGCUCCUGCUCCUGCUGGUUUCUCCGAUCCUCCUUCUGGUCCUCCUCCUCCUUCUGCUCCCGGUGCUCCCGGAGCCAUGAGGCGUCCAGUCCAGGCUGCUGAUGCCGAUGCCGAUGCCGCCGUCACUGCCGCCGAGGAUGAAUCUGAUUGUGAAGAAGAGGAUGAGUCCGAUGAUGAGGGUGAGGACGACGAUGCCGUUGUCGCCUCGAGCACCACCAUCGUCUGCCCUACGCCCACCAACUUUAUCUGGAACGGCGCUCCCGUGAUCGUCACGGCUUCAACUGUUCUUACCCUCCCGUGCACCACCGAUGCCUCGGGCGCUACUGCCGCUCCCUUCCACCCCCCACCUGCUCGUCCUCCCCACGGCCCUUGGGCCGCCUGGGGUUCCGCCGCUGAGUCCGCCUCCGCCGCCCCGGCCCCGAACUCUUUCACUACGCCUUGCGACACGUGGGUCACCCAGACCGCCAUUGCGACGGCUACUGCUACGGAGAUGGUCAUUCCCGUUACGCAUGCCGAGCCAACCUGGACCAAGGCUCCUGCUCAACCUACUGUUGUGAUGGCUGGGGCCGCUCGUGGUUACCCUGCCGCUGCCGCUGCGCUGGCGGUUGUUGCUGGUUUCAUGGGGCUUUUUCUGGCUUAACUAGGGAGUGGGCAUGAUGAGAUCGCUGACAUGAUGGUUUGGUUGGUUGAAAGAGAGAACAGAUGGCUAUACGUGAAGGGGGAGGGAGUUGUGUAUGUUUUCUCACACCAGCAUUUGUAGGCGCUGAUGGUGUAACUUGACACCCCGCCGCCGAGUUAUUUGGUAUUUGCUUUUUGUUCUUCUGCCAAGGGUUUUGCUUCUUUGUUUAGAUUUGUAUUUUGAGAUUAAUUUCGUCCGAUUCGCC